GAGUGUGGUGUCACGUGACUUCCAACCGGAAACGUGAACCUUGUAAACGAACGAGUCGAGGCGGAAGAUUUUUGUUUGUUUGUUUUGUGUUUAUGUUAUCGUUUUAAAGGCUGCAACUUAGUGAUAACAGACCUAUAAUUUCUGUUUCUGUAAGCGUUUGGAGGCUAGUCCGCGUUUCUAGACGCGACUCCCCGUACUGCAGUCGGAAAACAAGUUAGCAUUCGCGCUAGUUGGCUAACAGCCCGGAUGUCGGAAGAUGGGGACCCGUCUCUGCCCCUGGUUCGCUCCCAACACAGCCGUAUUCCCAUGAGUCUCGUGUUCUGCAACCGCAGCCCUCGAGUGGUACGGCCACUGUGGAUUGAUUUCCGCGGGGAGCCACGGGCGUACAACGAUUUGCAGCCGAGAACGGGACGAAUCAUGAACACCUACGUGGGCCACCCGUGGAUGUUCAAAGAUGUAGAGAGUGAUGACCUGUUGAGGGUGAACAACAAAGAGCUCUUCCUGCCUGCUCUGGCAGAUGGUGGAAGUGCUGCAUUUGUAAAUAUUACUCUGCCAGUUUACAGCCUCAAGGAGCGCGCCCUUCAGGUGAUCCGACACCUGGUACGGCCCGAGGACUACAGAAGUUUGGAAAUAGCGCGGUGCCUCAUCGAGGAGCUGGAAGACCCGCCCAGUUUGUUGAAAAGUCUACAGCGGUUGAAUCAACGUGUAGAGCGCCAUCUACUCGACAGAAUCCAGGGCCUAGGGGAGUGAUCUGUAUCACUCUUGGACUGUAGCUUAGCAACAAGGCAAGCAGAUAAAGACUAAGCUUUUCCUUUUCAUUGUUGGAUUGUUCGAACAGCUGUUUCAGAAACGUCCACCUUUCAUUAUGACUGAAGAUCCUACUUAGCUAAUCUGUUGCUCUUUGUCAGCUCCAUUUCCUCUCAGUAAGAGGAAUGUGGGCUGUGUUAGAUAAAAAUGUCUUCUGUGAAGUUGCAUUUUUAUUGGUCCAUUGAACAUGGGCAACCUUAUCUGCCUUCAUGACAAAUGGGGUGCUUCCCAAGUAGGAUGUGCGCUUCAAAAAUAUGCUAUACAAGUCUUGGUCUUCAGAGGUUCUCUCUCACUGUGAACCCGGCACCAGACAGUCAGCCCGGACCAUCAGCAGUAAGACGAUGAUCUAUAGAGGAGCUUUCAGCACCCAAAGACAUAGAUGCUGGCCUCCAGAACCCAGAAGAGAGACAAGAAUUACGGAAUGAACAUGACGUCUUCUAUACAUUAUAAUUCCAAAUGAAUGCAGUGCAACCUCUAAAGCCAAACACAAUCCAUCCCAGGAUGUAGGUGUUAAUAUUUCAAAACAAAACAUCUCAGAGGGAACAACGACCAUCAUAAAACCAUUAUUAGCUCUUAAAUGUUAUGUUUAAGUAAUCUUUUUAACAUUCUUAACUGUUGCUGGGCUUUUGCCUUAUUAUUUGUGCUAUGCUCCUGUUACGUUGGAAUAAGUAACAUUUAAAUGUACGACUUCAUCCUCAGUUAAAUAUUUAUAUAUGUAGAUUUACUUUUGUAUGACCUCACAGUUCUGAGGAGCGGGGUUCAAUCCCCGGCCCUGCCUGUGUGGAGUUUGCAUGUUCUCCUCGUGCCUGCGUGGGUUUUCUCCGGACACUCCGGUUUCCUCCCACAUCCCAAAAACAUGCAUGGUAGGUUAAUUGACGACUCUAAAUUGCCUGUAGGUGUGAAUGUGAGUGCAAAUGGUUGGUUGUUUGUAUGUGCACUGCGAUGGGCUGGCAACCAGUUCAGGGUGUAAACCGCCUCCUGCCCGAUGAUAGCUGCGAUAGGCUCCAGCACGCCCGCGACCCUAGUGAGGAGAAGCAGCUCAGAAAAUGGAUGGAUGGACUUUUGUAUGAAAUCUUAUCAAAUGCAGGUGAGAAUAUAUUGGCGUGUAGGUUUUGUAAACAUAUGCUAUUUACUUUGCAUUAUAUUAAAUGUUACUCAUUUUCUCCUGUAUGUGCCUUUAUUUGUCAAAGCUUUGGUUUAAGUUACAAUCUGUUAAUGUGUGAGAGAGAAUUUAAAUUCAAUCACACUCAUGAAAUCUAAUACAGAAGUCAGUCUCACUAUUUUGUAUAUAUUUGCUACAUAUAUCUAUUGAGCAAGCAUUUGAAGACGUUUUUUUUUUACAAGUAUGAUUGUACAGUGCAUCCAGAAAGUAUUAAUAGCGCUUUCCUUUUUCCACAUUUUAUGUUAGAGUGUUACUCCAAAAUGGAAUAAAGUCAUAUUUUGUGGUCCA